AUUGCCCAAUAGUAUUCUUUCCCUUAGAUAUUUCCUUUCUUGUCAUUUUUAAUCGAAUUUUAUCAUUGACAACGGGUUAACUAGUCGCGAAUUAUUUGUAAUUAAGCAGUAUCGUAAAACGAUGUUCAUCGGUGAAUCGUGUGCGGCUAAAGUGAGAAUUUAUAAAAUCGGAACGUUCAGACCCGGUGGUAACAAUAUUGGAAAAGACGGCCAUUGCGUUUGCCGUUAAAUAAACGUUAAAUCUAAAAUAAUAAUACAUCGCGAUCGUUUAUAAAACGUUAUCAUUUAUAAAAUUAACCAUUACAUCGAAUAACUGGAAGAGAGUAAAAAAGGCGCAGCGACGGUCGUAAUUUUUCAUGGGUUUCCAGUAAUUCAAAUACAAAUGAAAGAUAAAAUACUUGACGGCGAGGGAGGGAGGAAGCAGGAUGGCGGCGGCCAAUACGUUUUCUACUUCGCGAGAGGAAACUAUAAUUAAAUGAGCGGACAGUAUGCGGUCGUUUAAAUAAUAUUAACAAUAAUGUUAAUCAACAUUAGUUGGUGCGGCGGUUAAUCAUUGACAGUUAAUUAUGCGGUGGUUAAUUGUGGAUUUGUCGGUGGAAUAAUAAAGAGAGAGGGUGGUGGGGCGGCGCGGUGAGAGGGUGGGGGCGAAGGAGGAGAGGAAGAUGGCGGCGGCGGCGUGGGGCCACAGCUUCAGCAAGAAGACGUUCCACAAGCCCACCAACUGUCACGGCUGCAGCGACAUGCUCUGGGGUCUGUUGCAGCAAGGCUACGUCUGUGAAGUUUGUAAUUUUGUGGUGCACGACCGCUGCCUCAAGACCGUCGUCUCUCCCUGCUCCAGCAUCGCUGCCAGCCUCAUCAAAAAUCCGGUGGCACAUUGUUGGUCCGAGCCAGUCCAUUGUAGAAAAAAAUUCUGUAAUGUUUGUCGCAAGAGGCUGGACGAUAAUCUAUCCGUACACUGCGAAAUAUGCGACUACUUCGUGCACGCGGAAUGCCAAGAUUUCGCUGUGGCCGAUUGCAAGGAGAACGCCACCUACCUCCCUGGAAAGGAUUUGUCUCAGGUGAAGCACACCCAUCACUGGCGCGAGGGAAAUCUGCCCAGUAACUCAAAAUGUGCUGUUUGCAAGAAGACCUGCUGCUCUGCGGAGUGCCUCUCGGGAUUUCGGUGCGAGUGGUGCGGACUGACGCUGCACUCGUACUGUCACAAGAACAUACCCCCGGAGUGCACUUUCGGUAUUCUGGAACCGAUUUACCUGCCCCCGCAUGCUGUCAGCAUUCCCAGAACCGAAGUCCCGAUGGAAGCCAUAAUCGGCGUCCAGGUGCGACGGAAAGAAGUGUUGGCGCGUGAGUAUUCCUGCCAUAACCACUCGAACGAACGCGAAAGUGGUGGCGGGGAUCGUCUAGCAGAAGUUUUGAGGAGGCUAUCGAUUAUUUUGCCGCGUAGCUGCCACGGGAAUUGUCGUGCCUCCCCCCCGUAUGUCCGAGCCCGAAGUAUUUCGGAGGAAUUCAGCAGUGGAGAUAACAAGUACCGCGACAACGGGGAACCAGGGCCGGGAAGUACUCACAGCCGGGAUCCGAGGUCUCCCAAGGAAAAAGAAGACAAAGAAAGAGGUGACGAAGAGACGAUCAAGGUAUACGAUGGGAACAGUUCGUUGAGAAGAAGGAUAUUCAGGGUAAUAACUGUUCCGAGGCAAGCUACGAAGGAACAAGUGCUCACCUCUGCUUUGAGAGCGUUUCACAUUACUAAAGAUCCUAGCAACUUUUACCUCACGGACUCGUACGCGUCGGACGAGAUGGAGCUAUGCGACCCUACUCCAGUUCUAAACUUGAAUCGCAAAGAAGGAAAACGUCCGGCUGUCUUCUUACGAUUCAAGGACACGGAAACCGGAGAAGUAAGGGUCUACCCAGGGAAACUCCAGGUGUCCGAUUCGUUCUGCAUAGUUCCUGUAACUGAAUCCACUACGAUAUCCGAUUUGAUUGACGAAUCCCUGCAGAAGUUUGGCUUGCAAAAUUUCAACUCCGAGGACUAUCGCUGCAGCGAGAUUCUUUUAGACCGUGGAGUGACCGAGAGAGUCUUGUCGCGCGAAGAGAAGCCGUGGGAAAUCGUGAAACAGCUCGGAAAGGAUUCGAUAAGGCAAAUGGAGUUGAUGCGGUUCUAUCUUCAACUGAAACAGGAUCCCCACGGACCGAAUUUGGCGCUAUUCGUGGGAAAUUUACCACCGAAUCUCUCCGAGAGGAUAUACGAGAAUAUGCUUACUGAAUUCCUUGGGAAAGAAAACAAAUUUUCCUACAUUGGUCCAAUUUAUUACGAAUACGGAUCGAUGGUGAUCAUCUACGAGGACUCUGAGAAGGCCGUGAGAGCACUGUACGCUUUGAGGGAAUCCAAGUACGAGGACAAACACCUUUUAGUUAUGCUGCUACCCAGUAUCGAGCCUAGCAUGGUUCCGUCUGGAGUUCAACCUCUGCUAGUGUUCGUUAACGUGAAAUCCGGUGGGUGCCAAGGACUACAACUGAUAUCAAGUUUCCGAAAAUUGUUGAAUCCCUAUCAGGUUUUCGAUUUGGACAAUGGCGGUCCAUUGCCAGGGCUGUACGUCUUCCGUCACAUAAAGGACUACAAAAUCCUCGUUUGCGGUGGCGACGGGACUAUCGGCUGGGUUCUUCAGUGCUUAGACAACGUCGGCCAGGACAGCGAGUGUUCUUCCCCAGCUUGUGCCAUAGUUCCUCUGGGAACUGGGAACGAUUUAGCAAGAGUUCUCUGUUGGGGAUCCGGCUAUACCGGAGACGAAGAUCCUUUAAAUCUUCUUCGAGAUGUGAUAGAGGCCGAGGAAUCGCUUUUAGACAGGUGGACGGUGGUCUUCCAUCCGGAGGAGAAGGAGAAGGAACAAACGGCAGGCAACAGUAGCGGAGCAGGCACAAGCGAGGACAACACUCAGAUCUUUGUCAUGAACAAUUAUUUCGGCAUCGGUCUGGACGCAGACCUUUGCCUCGAUUUCCACAACGCCAGAGAGGAGAAUCCGAAUAAGUUUAAGAGCAGAUUAAGGAACAAAGGAGUGUACGUGACCAUGGGCUUAAAAAAGAUGGUCAAGAGGAAGCCAUGCAAGGACCUGCACAAGGAAAUACGACUGGAAGUCGACGGGAGACUAGUGGAACUGCCUCAAGUGGAAGGAAUCAUUAUUCUUAACAUCUUGAGUUGGGGUUCCGGUGCAAACCCCUGGGGGCCCGACACCAAGGAAGAUCACUUCCACACGCCUAAUCACGGCGAUGGGAUGCUGGAAGUGGUGGGCGUAACCGGAGUAAUACAUUUAGGGCAAAUCCAAUCGGGAUUGAGAACGGCGAUGAGGAUAGCUCAGGGUGGACACAUAAAAAUCCAUUUACACUCGGAUAUUCCGGUCCAAGUGGAUGGGGAACCCUGGGUACAAAGUCCUGGAGACGUCGUCGUACUUAAAUCAGCCCUAAAGGCAACGAUGCUGAAGAAAACGAAGAACAAGAUGAAGAGGAGGAAUACAGAGUCGAGCAUGCAGUUGUCACUUCAAGCCGCGCCAUCCAACGAACCGGAACCAGAGGUGUUCUGAGCCCGGAUCGAACGUCACCAGAGAAUGAUUAAAGCAAGGUAGUCGUAACACAGCGAGUAACUGCGAGCUACGAUUAAUGAUUGAAAUUCGAUUUUGAGGGGGAAAAUCAGUUCGAAUUUCAAUUAUUAUUGAAACAUUGAAUCGAAGUUAAAUGAUCAUGAGAAAGUACCUACGCUUGCCUCCCUUUGUAAAUGCCACAAAAGAGCUGUUAACAUCGUUAUUGCCUUCGAUUUUAUUUCUCGAGGAAACGAACCAGCUCUUUUGUGUAAAUUAUAACGGGACGUUUCACGCAGACGGACAAACCGGCACAAAUUGAACGAAAUAGCACAAACGUGACGGAGCUGCAAAGCACAAACUACGACGCAGCAAAAUUUUACCAAAAAACGAUGAAGAAAGAAUGGAAACUAGUCGAAUCUAGUCAAUGGAAUUUAAAAUAAUAGUCCUUCGAUGUAUUACUUAUUACCUGAUUUCUAGGAGAAAGAUCUCAUUUGUGGUUGUUACUAGUCACUGAGAAAAUUUACGAAGCCACUAGACAGAACGUGUCGCCCGAACUAAAUUGAAACUCGAUCCUUUAUAUACUUGUAAAUGAAUCUGUUCUUAGAUUCUAGAGGAAUCAGGGAUAUCCGUUACUUCACUUGUGGAUAUUCUACUAUUCUUAUUCCUCAUUCAGCUCUAUCCUAGACGGGAUGAACUGUGAGACGGUUUGAGAGAAAUGCAAAACGGGUGGUAACAGCCUCUCAUGUAAUAGUUUUCGGUCUUUAAUGCUUUUUCUUUUCAACGUUAUCGUUGUGUUACCGCUUUUCACAACAUAAGGAACAGAAGAGAUAGUUAGACGACCUUCUUCAGCCGUGAUAAAGCAUGGAAUAAAAUAGAAAACUUAAAUUUAUCCAAGAAAAAUUAGUUACGAUGUUUGAUGAGGGAAAUUUUUUUACUAUCGAUCUACACAUUUACUAUACGAACGGAACUGUCCGUCUUGGAUUUCUCUUAGACCGCAGUUACUUUUUCCGACAGGAGUUUAGGAUUUAUGACUCCAGUGAGGAUGGAGCUGAAUGCGAUUCCUACCUCUUGGUCACAGGAACGUUCCCUUGUACUUUCGUUUCCUCAGCGUCUAGUGGCUUCUCGUCUCAGCUCCAAUAUUUUUCUAUAUCUUUUAGCGAGAUAAGUAAGAAAUAAGAUGAGAGAAGGGGAAAGCGCGAUAAACAGUAUAUUUGUUCUUAUUUACUUAUUUUUAUCAGCAAUAGAGUUACUUAUCUGAUCGAAGGAAUUUCGCUAACAGAAGAAAAUCUAUGAACAAUGGCCAUCUUUAAACAAAAAUUGUCCAGAUGAAUUCUUAGAAAAAGUAAACGAUAUGUCUCGAGAAAGACAACGGCUGGAUUGUUAAUCGAAAAAAAUAAUAAUCUAUAUAUGCGUAAUGUACGUACAUACGCAUAUGCAGAUGCACACAUAAUAUAUUUAUGAGUAAAUAUUAAUAUACACAUAUAUAUUUACAAAAGAGAGAAGAACUAGUGUUAAUUAUAAAUAAUACCGUAUAAGUGUUUAAGUUGUGAUAAACAAGAAAAGAAACAAAAAAAGAACAAAGUCUCUGGCUGCUGGGCAGUCUGGAAUUUAUAAAGAGAAACGAUGAAUAAUGUUUAAACGAGUACCAGUGGCAGUCAGUCUCUUUCCUUUCUCUUUGAAAUGGCAGCGAUCAUGCUAAUAAUUAAAAUUAUCGAAUUACUGGUCGGUAAGUUGUUGAUUAUUGAUAUUUGAAAAAGGAGAGGCCAAUUAUGAGAACGUCUUAGAUUUGUUCGAAUCCGUCUGUUAUUUAAUUUGUAGAGAAAGUGGCCGACCAUAGACACGUGAGGAUAGACCGAAAGGAAGGAAAUUAACGGGAGAGAGAAAUAAGCUCCUGGAGACCAAAAUACGCGUUGGGUGUUCGGUCUAUUUUUUCAUGUCUGUGCGGGACGCAGAAUUUUCGCGAUGAUAAUCGACGGGUUCGGAACUUAUCGACCUUUAACUCAACCGAUCUUCAUAAUCGCCGCUAUUUUAUUCUCUCUCUGCAUAUACCUAAAGUAACGCGAAAAUACAUUCCGCUUUAUUUCACGAAUUUUGAAACAGAGACGCCGGCGCAUUGUACAUUUCUAAAUCCAAAUGCCAAAAAGAAGAAGCUGUUUGGACACAAAAAAAAGAGAGCUAAAAUACUAAAGAUGGCCCAAUAAAGAUAUAUGUACUAUGUAUGUGUGAAAUGAUAAAAACGCUUCGAUCUAUUCGAGAAACGUUACCACGAUUUUCCAUUCGACAGAAAUGGAGCAACAAGAUAGAAAAAUGUUAAAAUCUUUUCUGGUGCCAAACAGUUGUAAAUAAUAUUGUAAAUGUAAGUAUAUGAAGAAAAAAAAAAACAAAUGAAUCGUUAUUAUUGAAGGUACGAUUGGAUUGGAAUGAAAAAUCAGAGAUAGAAACCGGAGGAGAUUACCGAUGAGCCGAUUUAAUCGUUAAACGGGCUCAUUGGCGAUCUCCCUGCUCAUCUUUGUGAAAAACCGUGUUUACGCGUCUUGGAGAAAAUUCUACAGGACUCGAACAGCUUCGUAUCCCUACGAACGUUGCUAUAUUUUCUUUUUAUACGUCACAGUAUACAGUAUUGUUACUUUUUUCAUUUGCCUCUCGUGCAAGUCGACACUGGAGCGUUCUUAUUUUCAUUUCGUUUUCAUCGAUAUGCUUUUCUGGAGGCCACUAUUUUCCGGAUAAUGGUCACGGGCCUCUUGAUUCUUUUCAUUUCCUAAAUAAAGAUGACAACCUGCCAAUGAUGAUCGGCAGGCGAUCGUGGUCCACGCAUCCGGAUGAAAAAGAAGGAUCACGGUCACGUCAUUUUCUGGCAGAUUGGAGCAUCGCGUUAUAUCGUUAAACAAAUGGUUGAAAGACUUUAAACGUUCAGACUAUCUUUCAACCUGAUUUGAUUCUUGUACGAUUCUUUAUGAUCUUAUUAUUUAUUACCUCGAUAUUUUGUGAUAAGAGAAAGUUGUAAAGAAAAGAAAGGAUAACGCUGACCAUUCCAAAUGUAAAAGAAUUUUGUUAGCGACACGUAAAUUACGGUUUGGAAGAAGUUGGUGGGAGAUAUUAAUUAAUUAAAUAAAUUAAUGUAAACACUA